AUAUCGAUUUUUCGAUUCAUGUUCGAUUUUUAUGAUGUAUUACACUAUACUAUAUCGAGCAUCAACUGAACAUGUCGAGUUGUCCUGCAAUGGCUGCAAAUGAUAUAUUUGUGUCGUUUUGUUAUAGUAAAGCAUGUCGAUAAAAUCAAAAUUCGUUUUUGCUCAAAAGCCAAGAGGGUUCAAUGGGAAACUUUCGAGAAUGGAGCUCUUCUUUGUGUGCCCUGGGAUUCCAUUAAGAAACCAUUCAUAGAAGCAAAGUAAUAUAGAAAGCCGAAAGCCACAUCUUAGGAGAAAUGUUUGCAUAGAGGUCCAUGGCAUAAACGGGAAGACGUCAGUUGAGAUUUUUGUUGUUAGAAAAAUGAGAGUGGGUACAGUCAAGGAUUGCAAUCAUAAGGCCAAGCCUAGAGUUGAAUGCACCAUCCAUCUCCACAAUGGCCUUGCCUUUUCAACAACUCCUUCUUUACUUCCUUUCUAAUGCAGCAGUCGUGUCAGAUUCUGCACCAGAGAUGGACGUCAGUGUGCUCCAAAUGAAUUCACCUGUUAUUUGGAUCCUCGUAACAGUGUUUACGGCGUACGCGAUUUACAGAUAUCUGACGUCAUCGUUCAGCUAUUUUUCCGUUCAAGGCAUUCCUGGUCCAAAGCCUUGGCCAUUGUUUGGUAAUAUGUGGGGAAUCUGGAAGGCGAAUUUGCCAAAAUAUGACCAAGAGAUAUAUGGAAAAAUCGUAGGUUAUUUCGAUGGAUAUCUCUCCAAUUUAUGGAUUACAGACGCUGGCAUGAUCAUAUCCGUCUUCAUGAAGGAUUUUGAUCACUUUGUUAAUGGCAGGGACGUCACUUUACAGACCAGAGUGAUUCGAAAAUUCCUCACUUUGAUGAAGGAUCAGGAUUGGAAGGAUGUUCGCUCGUCGAUAACACCAGUGUUCACCACCUGUAAAAUCAAACGGAUGUCGCUUAUGAUCAAGGAUUGUGCUGACCAAUUAGUCUUCAAAUUCGAUGGAAUCGCCAAGUCUGAAGGAAAAAUCGACGCAAAAGCGAUGACGAUCGAAAACCUGGGCGCCAAAGAUGAUCCAUUUAUUCGCAACGCUAAGGCUGUUUUCAGCCCACCGGUCAACAAAAGACCUUUGAUUUUAAUACUGUAUAUUUUCCCCAAAUUGCUUCGAAUCAUUGGUGAACGGAUGUUUAUCAUGGCCAGGAAUCCUGAUGUGCAGGAGAAACUUUAUGAUGAAAUCAAAAGGUGGAGUCAAGCAGUCAACCACGAAGUGAUACUGAACUUUCCAUACAUCGAUCAGGUUAUCCACGAAGUGAUGCGCUUAUCGCCAGCGCUACCAGGAAUUGAAAGGGUGUGCAAUAAAGACAUCACUGUCAAUGGCGUCUACAUAAAGAAGGGCAUGUUAGUGACCGUGCCUACCUAUGCAUAUUAUGAUCCUGAUUACUAUCCAGAUCCCUUCAAGUUCGAUCCCAACAGAUGGAGUCCAGAAAAUAAAUCCAGUUUAAAUCCUUAUGCUUACAUGCCGUUCGGAAUGGGUCCCCGUAAUUGUGUCGGAAUGCGUUUUGCAAUGGAAGAAAUUAAAAUCGCACUUUGUAUCAUCCUCAAGCAGUAUCGCUUCUUUCCCGUCCAAGAGACUCCCGACGAAAUGAAAUUUGAAGAUGGUUUGUUCGUCCAAACAGUUUGUUACCGUAGGGAUCGAACUUCGCCAGUAAUGGAGUUUUGUGUUAAUAAUCUGGACAAUCAAUCGACUCCUCGCUUCUAAGCUUUGCGAAAAACUAGAAUUUGUUUGACAUUUUCGAUGUUUUUUUUUUUUUUCAAUAGUCAGAAUUUUUUAUGGGCCUUACAGCUGAAAUUAUCUGCUGGACAUGUUUAAAAUCAACUAAACGCGAGCCGAAAAUAUACGGUUGAAACUGUUCCUGCCUGUGUUCUGAACAACGAAGAAGAGGUUCUACCCAUAUUCCAGCAAGCUUGAUCCUCACAGUGAAACUAUAUUUAAUCAGCUGUACGUCUUUGACGGGCGAGUUUAUGUAGUCCGAGGCGACGUAAAAGGUGGAAUCCUGAUAGCGAUAACAAACCGAAACCUUACGGUUUCAUGCCGUUUGCUAUGGGACCGCGAUAUUGCAUCGGAGGCGGUUUGCCAUGAAAGAAAUAAAAAUUGUGCGAUGCACAAUUGUGACGAAA